UUAUAUACGACCAACAAGGAAAAAAAAACGCAUCUCCUUCGACUUUUCUUCAUCGAAACAUCUAAUGGAGUCAUCUUCUUCCCUCCUUCAUCACUCUUACCUCACUUACUUUAAUCCUCGAAAACUUGGAAAACCUUCCUUUUCUUAUCCAUUAAUGCCGAAGUUGCGAACUCGCAAACCAACUCGCAUUUGUUCUAGCAAGAUGUACGUUCCCGGCUUUGGAGAAGCUUCACCGGAGGCUAAGGCAGCGAAGCAUCUUCAUGACUUUUUUACUUACGUUGCAGUGAGGAUAGUGUCUGCUCAGCUUGAGAGUUAUAACCCUGAGGCGUAUUUAGAGUUAAGAGAGUUCUUAGAAACAAACUCAGUAAGUGACGGCGAUAAGUUCUGCGCUGCUCUCAUGCGUCGCUCUUCGCGUCACAUGAACUUAGCCCUUCGAAUUUUAGAGGUACGGUCUGCUUAUUGUAAAAACGAUUUCGAAUGGGACAAUUUACAGCGCCUCGCGUUCAAGAAUGUGGAUAGAUCCAACACAAAACUCAUGCGUGAAUACGUCUUAGAGACUAGCCAUGUCGAAACUGAUACGGAUAAGUGAAAGCUCUCAAGUCUCCAGAGGAUACACACAUGAAACCAAUUUGUACAUACACAUACAUAUAUACCAUUGCGCUUGUGUUAAUCAUAGUCCAUAGAGUUUUAAUCAUUAAACCUUUUCUUGAAAAUAACAAAACUAAUCAAGAAUCAGGAUCGAUUACAUGGA